AUGUACGAAUUGUACUUUUAUGUACAUAUUUGUUUUAAAACAAUUCAAUUUGAAGUGCGUUGGCAUCACAAUGAACGUCAAAAAAUACAAAUAAAAAUUCAUCCUAGAGAAGUCACACUCAACUUAAAUAGUUCUCAAUUGCAUCAUAUCAAGUGUCAUCUGGCAAUUAGAGACACAAAACUUUUGUCUGAACCAACUGCCAAAUGGAAUUCAUUCAGAUACCUUUUUAAGCUUUUCUUUCGUACUAAAAAUGCAACAAAAGAAUGGCGGAAACAUUCAUGCUUGAACACUUAG